AUGCCAAUUAAAUAUUUGACAUUCCUUCCACUCCUUUCUUUCCUCCAUUUCCGCUUAUUUCAUUAUUAUUUUUUGUUCGCAACUCUUCCUAUCUUCCCUCCCCUCCCCCCCCCUCUUCCCUCAACUUCACACCUUCCCCCUAUUUUUUACUUUUUUAACUCGUCAUUUGUUAUUGGCACAAAAUCAAUAUACCCACAAGAGUUGGCUUCAUUUGUAUUUUAUAUACCCGAGAGUGAUGGCAGCUGUUUCGCGCCUCCCUUCCUUUCAUAUAUCCCUUCCUUUUGAGGGGCGCGACAUUUGCGAUCCCGACAUUUGUGAAACAAGAGCAAGUGAAAAUUAAAAUUUCAAAAGAUUUUUUAUUUCAAGAGAUUUGAAUCUUGGACCGACUGACUUGAUCCUUUUUAAUUUCUUUUUGAUUUUUGCUCCUUUUUAAAUUCGGUCAAGACAGUUUGUUUUCAAAUGACUGUUCUCAUUUGUCGUUCUCUUCUCUCCCCCUUUCCCCUAACUUUCCUAUCUCCCUUUCCUUUCCUCUUCACGUCCCUUUCCUCUUCCUAAUACCCAACUCCUCUUCCAACUCUUCCUCCAAUUCCCCUUCAAAAACUCCCUUCCCCCCUUCCUCCCCCUAUUGUCAGCCAACUUUCAAAAAAUAUGAAAUAGGGGCAUUCCCCCCUUUCCCUUUUUUUACUCUUUUUUCUUUAGGCGUUCCUUUUUGGCGGCGCGCAUUUUACCCCAAAAAGAAAGAAAAAAGAGAGAAAGGUACUAAAAAGUAUCCGAUAAUCCGCCGGCUGUCCAUUGCACGCAUACAAACAAUUAAUUUGUCAGUAUCUCCAAUCCCUUUUUUUAUAAAAAAAAUUAUUGGCUUAAGAAAAUGCCAAACAAGAAAAAAUAGAAAAUAAUAUUGUUUGCAUAAUUAUUUUUUAUAAAAUAAUUAUUUUUAUUUUAUUAUUUAAAUUCCCCUCAAGGAAAUGCUUGCUCUGAUUCUAAUUGUUUUUUGAAGCUUUUUUUGACAUUUUAAUUUUUAAGGGAUUAACAAACAUAGGAGGGCCUAACACCCUUAGGACUAAAGAAUUCUAUCUUAUAAUGAGGGUAUUUAAAUAGAGAGUAUAUUUACUUUGGAAGCUCCCCUCCCCUCCCAACUUUUUAAAAAUCAUAUCUUAAAUAGAGGUGUAUCUACUAUUGGGGGUAUCUUAUAGCGAGGUCCGUAUAUCCAAACCAGUCAGACCUUUACUGUUACGUCCGGAACUUGACAAAUUAGACAAACUCGCUGAUAAAAAUCCCAAUAACUCUUUCCCAAUAAUUUCCAAAUUAAUUAAUUCCUUCUCUAAUUUUUCUACAAAAAUUAAUUAUUAUAAAAUCCCAGCACAUAUUUAUUUGACAUAUUAACACUCCCUCUCCCCCCAAAAAUCUUUUUUAGUCUUAUUAUCUAGUUAAUUCCCUUAGGCAUUCAUUGUCGCGUAUUAAAAUCAUCUUUGGCCUUUUUUAAAUUUCCAAAUUUAGGUUGUUCUCUAAACUUUUUUGUAAAAAUUUAUAUUUUAUUUUUUAAAUGUUCUU